AAGAGAAAAUGCUUAAAAUCGAUCUGUGCCUUAAAAACAGUUUGAAGUAGGCAGUACUUGGCACGCACGCAUUAUAUAUAUUUUUUUAAAAGACACGCACGCAUUAUAGAUUGACAACAUAUCAGAGGAAGAAGGGAAAGGAAAUCAAACAGGAAGAAUCAAACCCUGCUUUAUCUUUACCAAAAGGAUAUGCUUUCUUUUGCCGCAGCAACAAACAAAGAAGCUGCCUUCGCUCCUCUUCACUACCUUUUCUUGUGAGGCCUAAGCAAAGAAUCUUGUGCAGUUCUCUUCUUCAAUGAAAUGAGCUUCGGGUCAGUCGCAGCUUCUCCCAGCUCUUUAUAUCCCAUCACCAAUCCAUAGUGUCGGUGUGGCCGCCGCUUCACCAUUCCCUUCCCGAAUGAGCUGUAAGGUGCAUGAAAUGAUGCCUCCGCCGGACGACGGAAACUUACUCACCUCUCUUUCGCCUCCCGCUGGUUAUGCGUGACACAGUAGAUUUACAACUAGCAUAGUGAAAACCGAAAAGUUACAUGCUGCAGUAAGAGAUUCAGGCACCGAUAAGUCACGUGCCAACCUACUAAACUACUCCCUCCGUCCCAUGAUAUAAGAGCGUUUUUUACGCUAGUGUAGUGUCAAAAACGCUCUUAUAUUAUGAGACGGAGGGAGUACUAAAUUUGAAUUCUGAAAAUUUAAGCAAAAUGUUGGAUAGAAAAUGAGGGUGUUUUCUUCAGGCAUGAAAAUCCUUGCUGCAUUUGCUAAAUACUCCACUGGAGAUGGAGAAAGGUAUCACCAUUGUGAUUCGCAGGCACUUGAAAUCUGAUUUAUGGUAUCUUGUGCAGCAUAUUGAUGGUACGAAUAUUUUUACCUGAAAGAGAAUGCGUUCUCUCCUUUUAUUUUUGUGAAAAAGAAAGCGAAUGCUUGUGUGCUUUGAGUGUGAUAGGGAAUAUUUUUUGAGAAAAAGAAAGCAAAUAAGUAGGUGUGUUCGUGGGGCUUCUUUCUUCCAACGGGCUUGACUUCAGUCUCAUCCCACUUCGUGGCGGUUGCUUCACCCAUUCCCCCCCUCCGCAGUCCCGCAUGAGCUGUGAGGUGGGCGAGAUGUUGCCGCCGGCGGCGGCACCGCCGCUCGACGACGGAAACCUACUCAGCGAGAUCCUCCUCCGCCUCCCGCCGCUCCCGUCCUCCCUCCCGCGUGCAUCCCUCGUCUGCAAGCGCUGGCGCUGCCUCACCUCCGACCCAGCCUUCGCCCGCCGCUUCCGCAUCCACCACCGCCGAAACCCUCCCCUCCUCGGCUACUUCCACGGAGAUUUUGACGGGCUCCGCUUCGAACCUGUCCACUUCGAGCCUACUCUGGAGGCCCCCGACCGUGUUCCGCCCGGGCGCCUCUCCUUGCAGUUUGACUCCUACGCCCGAGUACUGGGGUGCCGCCAUGGCCUCGUAUUAAUCUUGGACCAGGCGCCGGUCCAGCUCUUGGUGUGGGACCCCGUCACCGGCCACCAGCACCGCCUGCCCACUCACACGGAGUUCGAUCUGGGCAACUUCUUGAUCAACGGGGUGGUGCUCCGCUCUGCCGCCGGCGAGGUUCACUUCCAGGUCGUCUUGGUCGUGUCAGAUUAUGAAAAAAGGCAGAGGGUGGUGGUGGGCUGGGUUUGCUCUGUGUCAGGCUUCACCGUCCAAUUAUGGAAGAGGAAGCAUGAUUUCGAUGGCGUUGCAUCAUGGGGGAUGGAAAGAACUAUUGAGCUGGACAAGCUUCUCUCUAUGGAUUCAGAGGAUUCCUUAACCAUACAAGGGUACGCCGAGGACAAUAAUUUGGCGUUCCUGUGGACCGGUAGGAGCGUCUUCAUGGUCAAGCUUGAGCCAUUUCAGUGCGAGAAACUUUUAGACACCAACAAGUGGGAUCGUUAUUAUCCAUUUGAAACCGUCUAUGCUGCAGGUACCUAGAUUUGUAUUCGGUUGCCGAGAUACAGGAAUUGGCUUCUUCAAUGUGGAUUCAUCAAUUUUCCAUACCUCACUGUUCAUGUGAAGAUCAACGGUCUAUGUUGCAUGCAUGGUCAACUAGGAAGUGGAAUCGCAGGAUUGAUCGUUAAUUGCUAACCUUCCUCUGUUAUCUUAUUGCUGGACACAAUUAGCCAACUGGCUUGAUGAAGAUACAGACUUGCUUGUGUUAAUUAGCAUUUGUGGUACAGUUGCUUUAUGCUUUCCAAGCAAGCUUGCCUGCCCAAUGAUCUUGGCUUACUGUCAUGUGCGUGUGUGUGUGUUCAUCUUCUCUCUGUUUCCGUUUGAUUAGGUUCCAUGCUGUAUUAGUUUGGGAGAUUUGACGUUGGAUUCCUGCUUAUGUCCAUUUUGUGCGUGUGUUUCUGUUGAUUUUUUAAAUCUGAUUUUGGCUAAUGAAUUUUGGAAUACA